GCUUCUGGAACGUUUGGUUGUAGUGUGUUGUAAUAUUAUUGUAUGGAGGUCGUUCAAUAUGGCGUCCCACUUUAGCGGAGUUUUACAACUGACUGAUUUGGAUGAUUUUAUUACACCUUCACAGGAAUGUGUGAAGCCAGUGAAAGUGGACAAGAAGCAGGGAAGAUCUGUGGCCAAAAUCCAAAUCGAAGAUGAUGGCACUUACUUUCAGGUUAAUGAGGAUGGCCGAAUGCAGAAACUGGAGAAAGCCAAGAUCACUCUAAAUGACUGUCUGGCCUGCAGUGGCUGCAUCACAUCAGCCGAGAGCAUCCUAAUUACCCAGCAGAGCCAUGAGGAACUGUACCGAGUGCUCCGCCUCAAUAAGCAGAGUAGCAGCAGUGAGCAGACACUGGUUGUAGUGUCAGUGUCGCCACAGUCUCGAGCUUCCCUCGCUACACACUACUCUCUCAGCAGCAGCGAGGUGGCCAGGAGGCUCACAAACUUCUUCAAAAAUCUGGGUGUUCAUUAUGUGUUUGACACUGGCUUCAGUCGCACCUUCAGCCUGCUGGAGAGUCAGAGAGAGUUCAUCAAGAGGUUCGCACAGAAAGAAGAGGACAAGAAAGCCUUGCCCAUGCUGGCAUCUGCCUGCCCUGGUUGGAUCUGCUAUGCUGAGAAGACCCAUGGUGACUUCAUCCUGCCUUACAUCAGCACAACCCGUUCUCCACAACAGAUGAUGGGCUCACUGGUCAAGAGAUUCUUCGCUGGACAGCAGGGUGUUGAACCGCAAAAGAUUUACCAUGUGACCGUGAUGCCUUGCUAUGACAAGAAACUGGAAGCUUCCAGACCGGAUUUCUACCUGAGCGAGGCAGAGACCAGAGAAGUGGACUGUGUCAUUACAUCAGGAGAAGUUCUCAAGAUGCUGGAACAGGAGGGUGUGUCUCUGAGUGAUCUAGAGCCAGCACCUUUAGAUACCAUGUUCAGUAAUGUGUAUGGUGAGGAGUUGCUGUGUCAUGCGGGGAGUGGUUCAGGUGGAUAUCUUCAUCACGUCUACACUCAUGCUGCAAAACAGCUCUUUGGAGUUGAAGUGGAGGAACUCACAUACAAGACCCUCAAAAAUAAGGACUUCCAGGAAGUUGUUCUAGAGAAAGAUGGAGAAGUUCUUCUGCGCUUUGCUGCCACCUAUGGCUUCAGGAAUAUUCAGAACCUUGUGCAGAAGUUGAAGAGGGGAAAGUCACAAUACCAUUUUGUAGAAGUCAUGGCAUGUCCGUCAGGGUGUCUGAAUGGAGGUGGUCAGCUGAAGCCUUUAGCAGAUCAGUCCAACAAGGAGCUGCUGCAACAGGUGGAGGCAGCGUACAAAGCAGAGCAGCCGUCUGUACCCGAGGAGGACCAGCGCGUCGCUGAGCUUUACCACACAUGGCUAAAGAGUAUGGGAGAGGAAAAGGCACAAGAGCUACUUCACACACAGUAUCACACAGUGGAGAAAAGCACCAACGGACUUACCAUCAAAUGGUGAACACCUCAGAGCCUGGUGUCUGAAUGGUCUGAAGUCUUUAAAGCAGAAAAGUGAUGCGUGGAAUAUAAACUACAGCACGGCAACUCAGGACAAGUGUUAGAGUGGUGAGCUCAUGAUCACGUGCUUGAGAACCUUCUUGUAUCAUAAAGUACAAGAAGUGUUCAUAUGUAGUUAUUUCAGCAAAUGAUUAUGUGCACAAAGGCAUAACCACUUUCCAAGCUCACUUAUUUUCUGCAGCUUUGUUUCGUGCAUCACGUACAAGUGCUCCAGUAUUUCAUGACAAUUUCCAUAAAUACAGAAACGAGACUAAUGUGCCUCAGAGUUAUCCAUUUUGAAACGGGAAUACCUCGUUUGUAAAAACCUAUCAGAGACUCGGUUGUGAAGUCUCCACACUGUUUGCUUGCUCUGUAGUAGCAUCACGCUGUGCACAGAAGCAAGCCAAACACGAACUCUUCCUAUGAAGUCCUUUAAUUUGUCUAAACACCAAAAAAAAAUUAAGCACAAAUGUAUUCUGCUUAUGUAGUGUUAAUUAUUUUAGCUAUAACCUAAUCCAGCCAAUGAUUUAAUGACUGAUAAAUUGUACUGUAGUUUAUUGAAUCUGUUCUUCUUGGGGUAAAGCCCUUUCAUCUUUAUUUAAGAAUUAUUCGCUGAAGGCCAAGUGAAUAUCGGUGAAUAAUAACCUCGACUUCGUCUCAGUUAUUAAUUAUUCACCGAUAUUCGCUGAGACAGAUAAUUGUUUUAGUAUAAAUACACAGGUGAUUAUUUUAAAAAUCAUAUUCAAAUUUUUUUCCCCCAAACUUCAAAAGCGGCAUGCAAAUGUAAUAACGGCGCGUCGAAGGCUUGUCACUUAUCUAUGCCGACUCACAUAAAAUACUUUGUUUUGAAAUAGAUGAAAUAAAUCACAAUUCCACCUUACUUUUGAAUAGUUUUAGACCAAACUUUGGAGCAUCUUUAGUGCUUUUAGGAAGAGCAUUUUCUUUCAUCAUUUGUAAUUCUUCCACAGUGACAAAGCAAUUGGCUGCCAUUUUGCUGAGUCAGUUGAGGUGAUUAUUGAGAAAUAGUCUGAAUCUCUGGACCAAUCAGUGCACGCGAUUUUCUAUAAAUCACCUGUGUAUUUAUACUAAAAUGCAAUAUAUUCACCGCAAAUAAAACUUCUGUUUCUAUUUAAAUGACAGUAAGACAGCUACACAGAACAUUAAUAUUCAUAUUCCUAAUGUCAGCAAGCAGAAUAGUCCUCUGUUCCUCUGGAUUAAAUAUUUCCAGUUUCAUUCCUCAGCUGGUUUCACGUCACAUGAGGAGCGUGAUCAGUGUCCUACUCGGCACAAAACAAGAGGCCAUUUUUCUGAACUUGAAAGAUCUGCUUUUUAUAUAUUUCAUAUACAUAUGAAAAAAAAAAGAUUUAGAAGAAUGAAAUGAGGGCGGCACGGUGGUGUAAUGGUUAGCGCUGUCGCCUCACAGCAAGAAGGUCCGGGUUCGAGCCCCGUGGCCGGCAAGGGCCUUUCUGUGCGGAGUUUGCAUGUUCUCCCCGUGUCCGCGUGGGUUUUCUCCGGGUGCUCCGGUUUCCCCCACAGCCCAAAGACAUGCAGGUUAGGUUAACUGGUGACUCUAAAUUGACCGUAGGUGUGAAUGGUUGUCUGUGUCUAUCUGUCAGCCCUGUGAUGACCUGGCGACUUGUCCAGGGUGUACCCUGCCUUUCGCCCGUAGUCAGCUGGGAUAGGCUCCAGCUUGCCUGCAACCCUGUAGAACAGGAUAAAGCGGCUAGAGAUAAUGAGAUGAGAGAAUGAAAUGAUUGUGCUUUGUGUUCGCAGGUACAGUGCUUGGAAUCAUUUACAUUCUGUUAAGAAAAUGUGUGUGGAUAAAUGAGAAAUUAUUCUUCCUAUAUUUAAGGAAAUAAACAUGACUGACUGUUUCUCAAUAAAAACCUGUUUUAAUUUAA